UUCUCAAUAAUCUCAAAAAUUUAUUUUUUUCUGCUAGCAUUUUAAAUGGUCUUAUUGUACAGCAGUGGCCCUCGUCAUACACUCAAGCUUAAGGUGAAGGAUUAUAAUAUUCUUCAUGUAUUCUCCAUCCUGUGGGACAUUGCUGAAAUGAUCUGUGUGCCUUUCUUGGACAAUUCAAUUAAAUAAAUAGACAAUUAAUUAAUUAUUAACUGUAUAUACUUGAAUUAAUUUGGUUGAAGUUUUUAUAUAAAAUGUCUAACAAAAACGUAUACCAAAAGCUUGGACAUAAAGUGUCAGAAGAAGUCCAACUUUUAGCAGAAGAGAAAUGGAUAGUCGAUACAUUAACGAAAAUAAAAAACCAAAGAAAUUGUUUACAGAUAGAAAGGCUUCAUCUCGAGAGUUUGAAAGCCAAACUAAAGGGUAAUACCAAGAAGGAUGCCCAGGAAACAGUCACAAAAUUAAAUGAAGAUGGUAUAGCAACAACGUCAGCCGUAAAUCUGAUGCAGCAUGUAACCACGACCAAGAGUGCUGGUGAAAUAGUGGAGAAAGAUUUAACAAUUGACGAUGUUUUUUGCAAUGAUCAGGAGCUCAAUUUAAUGGUCACCCAACCGUCAUUUGUUCAAAAUUCGAAUAAUUUAGACUUCAACAUGGAAGAAGAUGAGGAAGAGAGUGAUGAUGAUAUGUUGAUAGACAUUAAUAUGUUUAUGAACGGCAUUCCGGAGAAAGAAACAAAAUACAAAGUGGGGAAAUGAUUGAAUCCCAUAUUCAACUCAAACAAUCCAUAGAAAAGGGUUGUCAGUUUUAUAUUAUUGUAAAUAUUGUGGAGAAAUUUUUUAUUAAUCAAUCAUGCGGACAGAAGUCAUUCUCAAAAUUGUAAAUUAUUUAUCUAAAGUUCCAUCUCUAUGCCCGGGGACUCUGAAUGGGAAAUACGACUUAUGUUUCGAGUUAAGAUGAGAACUUGACCUUAAAUACGUCUGUAAUUUUCAGAAUAUAAAAAUUGUGUUAAUCCACCACACAUGACAAAGAUCAUAAUAGUCUAUUUUAUUAUUUUAAUGAAAAAAAGUUACAGGCUUUGGAUAAACCCACUUUAAAUUUGCGUAUGCCCAAGGGCCGCCCAACUGUGCUAAAAUGGCACUGAUUGAUUAUCUAAUAUCCAGACAGAUAAGAAAUCAACAUAUUAUAUUUUCUGUUGGUUGUUGGGAAUAAAUGUCGUUUAAAAAAAUAUAUUAUUGAAAAGUAAAGAAAAACACAGAUUUGAUGAUGUCAGUUAGAUCACUUUAAGUUAAUUGACUACAUAUUAGUACUUUCCAUAUACUUUAUAUUACUUAUCAUCAAUGUACUUAAAUUAUUGAAUGAUGGUUAAAUACUCUGUAGUUUAAUAUGGCUUAAAAAGAGUAUAGUAUUUCUGUGAUAGUAAGGAAGAUUGUUGUCAUAAUAUAAUAAAAAUUUUCAAACGAACAA